ACAGAGCUUUCAAAAAAAAAUUAUAUUUUUUCCCCAACGGAUCUCUGGCGUUUAGUACAGAACCAAGCCAAACAAAAAGCUCUCUCCUUUAUCUCUCUCUCUCUCUCUGUUUCUGUGUUCGUAGAUUGCUGUUUCCUUAAUCAAAUAUGAUCUCAUUGAACCUAUCAGCUUCCCUGAAUCCGGGUCUGACCCGUACCCGUCAAAACCCUACCCGUAUCUCUCCUCUCCACGCCGCCGCCGCCGAUAAACCCAUCAGCUGCAGAUACCAAUUAGGGUUCCCACAGAUCCCCAAUCUCCAGAUUCGCCAAAAAACCUUCCUUUCACCACUCACCAAACGACCCAGAUCCGUCUCCGCCGCCGCCUCCUCCGCCGAGGCCAAUCCAGAGCCCGAGUCCGAGGAAGCUGCGGCGAAGAAUAAGAAGGCGAAGAGCCUCCAGCUAGGGAUAGUGUUCGGUCUCUGGUACUUCCAGAACAUCGUCUUCAACAUCUUCAACAAGAAGGCACUCAACGUCUUCCCUUACCCCUGGCUCCUCGCUUCCUUCCAGCUCUUCGCCGGCUCCGUCUGGAUGCUCGUCCUCUGGUCCUUCAAGCUCUACCCUUGCCCCAAAAUCUCCAAACCCUUCGUCGUCGCUCUCCUCGGACCAGCCCUGUUCCACACCGUCGGACACAUCUCCGCUUGCGUCUCCUUCUCCAAAGUCGCCGUCUCCUUCACCCACGUGAUCAAAUCCGCCGAGCCAGUCUUCUCUGUCAUCUUCUCCUCUUUCUUGGGAGACACGUAUCCUUUAGCUGUGUGGCUAUCGAUUCUCCCCAUCGUCAUGGGUUGCUCUUUAGCUGCGGUCACUGAAGUUUCCUUCAACUUGGGAGGACUCUCUGGAGCUAUGAUCAGUAACGUUGGUUUCGUCUUGAGGAACAUUUACUCUAAACGAAGUUUACAGAGCUUCAAAGAGAUAGACGGGUUGAAUCUCUACGGUUGCAUCAGUAUCCUCUCUCUGUUUUAUCUGUUCCCCGUGGCGGUUUUCGUCGAAGGGUCGUCGCACUGGGUUCAGGGCUACCAUAAAGCCAUUGCUUCCGUUGGUAAGCCGUCCACGUUUUACGUUUGGGUGUUGCUCUCUGGCGUAUUCUACCAUCUGUACAACCAGUCUUCUUACCAGGCCCUCGACGAGAUCAGUCCUUUGACUUUCUCUGUUGGGAACACGAUGAAGAGGGUGGUGGUGAUCGUCUCCUCGGUUUUGGUGUUUAGGAACCCUGUUAGGCUUCUGAAUGCUCUUGGUUCGGCUAUCGCGAUUUUCGGUACUUUCUUGUACUCUCAGGCUACUGCUAAGAAGAAGAAGAUUGAGGUUGAGGCUGGAGAUGGUGAUAAGAAGGACUAAGAUGGCUACUCCAAGCUUUUGAUUACUAUUCCUCGGUUUUGUUGUUUUUCAUUUCUGUUAAAGACUCUUUUAGUUGCUACUUGGUUCUGGUCUGAUUCUGAGAUGAGUUAAAACUUAUUAAUCAUAAAACCAGUUUCUUCCUAAUACAA